AUGUCGGAUCCCAGCGACCCUGCGUCCGUGCCCCCUGGACCAUCUGCGAUACCUCGGUCUGCGACGCCCAGCCUUUGCCCAGACUUGCUUGGGGAAGGAUCAAACCCCACCGAUGACGGGAAUCCAUCAGAGUCGCAUUCAUCAACGUUCGGGGCCUGCCUCCUUCUGGAUCUUCCCUCAGAGCUCAUAACCACCAUCCUCUCUCACCUCUCACCUUUGGAACUCAUAGGUAUAUCCGAAACAUGCCGCGAGCUUCGCGAGCACGCGCUAUCCGAUGUUCUCUGGCACCCUCUUGUCCAGGAAAACGUCCCUGACGUUACGCUCACUAGUCCUCACCCAUGCAGCAGCUAUUAUGAGCUGUACGUCGCUCACGACCGUCUGUGGUUUCUCCCCCGCCACAAGAUCUGGUUCUGUGAUCGCGAUCUCACUGGAAGGGUUAUGCUUGUCCGGUAUGACCCUCGCCGUGGAUGCAUCGAGGGCUACCAACUACUCGCGGCCCGUGGACGGCCUGACUAUUUCCAGUGGGAAGGCCAUCCCAACGUUGUGAUCCACGAUUUCAACCCUCAGGUCAAGCUUCAUCUCGACAAACCUCUCCUGCAAUUCCAUGCCAACGUGGAGACGGACGUGAGCAGGUUCUUUAGCCGCCCUGACGCUAACCGAUAUGCGGAUGAGAUGCCCAUGGCGCUGGAGGAUCGUGUCGACGGCAUGUUUAGCAACUUUAUGCUCGCGCAUGAGCUGGAAAGGGAUAUAAGUGACGAGAUGAUUUCUGAGCGCUUCCCCUACAGUCAAGUAUGGCCACCCCCUGCGAUCCCUUCGGAUCAUCGCACUCGUGGUCAACCAAACUUUGUCGUCACUGGCUUGCCCUUCUCUGCCCCGUACGACAGGCCCAAGAGAAGGGACGAGGUAUCGGAAAAGUUGUUUCACAUUCGCCAGUGGAUGGAGAUGGCUGGCGGCAUGACUCGCCUUGGUCGGGCUGCAGGGUUGACUGGCAUCGUCAACGUCUUGCGCGAGUUGCACCCAGCAGCUGUUGGCGGUUUACCUGGGAUGCAUGUUGGCGAAGAGUUGAUCACGUAUUCGACACUCGACCCGAAGCUGUAUACGCCGACGCCGUUGAAGCCGUGGAGGGGAAUCUAUGCUGGCGACUACAGCACUCACGGAUGCGAGUUCUUGCUCGUACAUCAGCCAGAUGAUGACGAUGACGAGCUCUUGACGGACGAAGCGCUGGGUAUCGUCCGCUUUGAGGUAGAGUCGGAUCAGGAAUGGGAGAAGAGAAAGGCCGUGGCUCGCACCCACCGAGGACGACUAGAAGCCAUCAAACUCACCGGCGACCCCAACGUACCACGCGGCGAGAUCUCGUUUGUUGCAGAGGAUCUCGGACCAGGAGGUUUCGUCGGCGAAGCAAAUGAUCCGCACUUUGGCGGUGCGAGGAUCGUCAACAGCAGGGGGCACGUCUCCGACACGGGCUUCACCUCGAGCAGUUAUAUCGACGGUCAGCUCAUCCUCGUCAGCCAUGACCGGUUGGCUCAUCAUUGGAUUGAGUUUGGGCAUGUGAGUUGCUUCCAGAGGGUGGACAUUGAUCAGUUUUUGAGCGUGUGA